AGCUGGGUGUGUCCCUGUAACGAUAGAAGGCUUUAUAUAGGAGUGUGCGUUACUACCUUUCCUCAAUCAGCAAAAGCUUUGCUUCCUUACAGACGUCUUAAGGCAGCAGAUACAUUCCCACAUCCUAGAUGACUUGCUGCUUGGACACUGUGAUCAUGAUAUCUAUUUUGCUAUUACUUCUGCUCUGCACUGUGAUCUUUGCAAGAUGGAGGCGAAAUCAUGUUGUUGUGGUCCCUGAAGGACGAGCUGUGCUCAUCACUGGCUGUGAUUCAGGCUUUGGGAAUCAACUCGCUCGCAGAUUACUUGACAUGGGCUUUACAGUCUUUGCUACCUGCUUGUUCCCUGAUGGAGAAGGAGCUCAGUCUCUAUUAAAAUAUUUCUCUCCUGGGAAGGUGAAGGUGAUCAGACUGGAUGUUACCAAUGACACGGAGAUUGCCGAGGUGAAGCAGUAUGUACAAAAUAACCUUCCUGCUAAAGGGCUGUGGGGUAUUGUCAGCAAUGCUGGCAUAAGUACAUGGGGACCGUUUGACUGGCACACAAUCGAAGCGUACCGGCGAGUUGUUGAUAUUAACCUACUUGGAAGCAUUAGGACCACACUGGCUUUUGCUCCACUUAUAAAGAAAAGCAAAGGACGCAUGGUGUAUAUGUCGAGCAUAACUGCUUAUGUGAGUAUGAUAAAUGGCAUAUAUUCCAUGACAAAAGCUGCUAUCGAGAGAUUCUGUGAUUCUCUGCGUCUGGAAAUGAUGCGGAAUGGAGUGAAGGUGUGUCUGAUAGAACCUGGUAAUUAUGCACUAGCUACAAAUAUCCAGCCUCUAAAAUCUGCUGAUGACAUCUGGGAUUCACUUGCUGCAGAUGUACAGGAAAGCUACAGCAAGGAAUAUCUGGAGAAUGUCAACCAAUCUGUAACUGCAGCUCUGUCCAAAGGAAGCAGUAAGGGCCACGAGGUGGUGGAUGCUAUUGUACAUGCUCUCAUCUCAGAUGCACCAAAACCUCGAUAUUUAGUGGCCAGUCUUGCAGAGAAGAUAUCUGUUUAUCUUUCCCUUUGGCUUCCGACCUCUGUGUUUGAUAAAAUCUUAUCCCGAGCUUCUGUUUGAACAAAUUAAAAUAG